AUGGACCCAACCAAUGAUCCAAAUUUCACUCCACCUUCAUUAAAUAAAAAUAUCGAACCAACUGCGCCGUCGUAUAAGAUCCCACACAAUAUUCCAAUUCAACCAUUUGUAUUAGAAGAUUUGGGUCAAGGUGUUGACACUCCAGCUCCACAUCCUGCUAAAUCAACAAGGCCGUCAACUAUUUCUUCAAAAUCCUACGACAAUAUCAAUAGCAUCAACAACAACAACAGUACAAAUAAUAAUCAACACCAAGGGGAUAAUGAGAGUAUAGUUUAUCAUUCCAAAAUUCCUAGAAAGCAUACUGAAUUGAUAAGUUCAUCUUCUUCUGAUGAGGAAAUCGAAGUGAAGGAAGAAACUGAAGCGAGCUUGGAAAAAAAAGUGAGUAAUAAAGUGGAGAUUUUACCACCUUCUAUCAAAGUUAGAUCUUCCCAAAUUGCUGAUUUAGAAGAGGUUCCUCAUGGUAUUCAAAGACAAGCUUCAAAAUUAGAAGAUUAUAAAUUUCCCACUCAUAGAUUAGCAACUACUUUAACUGAUGAUUCAAAACAUCCUUUGGUUAUAGUUGCAUGUGGUUCAUUUUCUCCAAUUACUUAUUUGCAUUUAAGAAUGUUUGAAAUGGCUUUGGAUUCAAUUAUGGAACAAACAAGAUUUGAAGUUAUUGGUGGGUACUAUUCUCCUGUGUCUUCCAAUUAUAAAAAACAAGGUUUGGCCCCAGCACACCAUCGUGUUCGAAUGUGUGAAUUGGCAUGUGAAAGGACUUCAUCUUGGUUAAUGGUUGAUGCUUGGGAAUCUUUACAACCAAAAUAUACCAGAACUGCAUUGGUUUUGGACCAUUUCAAUGAAGAAAUUAAUAUUAAGCGCGGUGGUAUUAUGACUAGACUGGGGGAAAAAAGAGGAGUUAAAAUCAUGUUGUUAGCCGGUGGUGAUUUGAUUGAAAGUAUGGGUGAACCAGAUGUUUGGGCUGAUCAAGAUUUACAUCAUAUUUUAGGCAAAUAUGGAUGUCUUAUAGUGGAAAGAACUGGUUCUGAUGUUAGAAGUUUCUUAUUGAGUCAUGAUAUUUUAUAUGAACAUCGUAAGAAUAUCAUGGUUAUUAAACAAUUGAUUUAUAAUGAUAUUUCUUCAACUAAAAUACGAUUGUUUAUAAGAAGAGGUAUGUCAGUACAGUAUUUGUUACCAAAUUCCGUCAUUAGAUAUAUUCAACAACACAAAUUAUAUUGUGAUUCUGAACCUGUUAAACAAGUCAUGUCCGAACGAGCUGAUUAA